AUGGCCUCUUUACGUGCAACCAUCUUGUUGAUAUCCUCGUCAGUCAGUUUUCGGGUGGACAUGUCUCUGAGUUCUCUGAACUUGGCGUCCACAUCGCCCAGCGACGGCAGCUCCAAACUGGAGUCCUCGAGCCGUCUCUUGUACGACUCGAACUCGCUCGGACUGAUUGGCGAGUCGGAAAGACACUUCAUAUCGAUAAGUUUCUUGGAAUCUCCUUGCGAAACAACCAAGUACGUGUCGCACGGCUUGUUCAACAAAUGGUAUGGCUUUCCGCCGCGUUUCACCUCCUCGAUCUUGGCCAUUCUGUACUGCGACUGUCCUGUUUCUCUGGAAACACCAACAUUGACCCGGACAAACGUGUUUCUGAUCACCUGGUCAAACUCGUCUCUAAACAGGAACCGUGACAAAAUCGUCCGACUCGAACGCACUUUGCUAUUAACGUCCUUCAAAGUAGCGUCCUGGACCUGUUCUCUGGUGACCUCGUCCAUGCUCAACAACGCAGCCUUGUCCUCCUCAUCUUUGAACUUGCCCUCCAACGGAUACGGGUCUUGUUUGGAUUCGUCGUCCUCGUCGUCCUCGUCGUCGUCCACGGUCUUGCGCUUGAGCCCGCUUGUCCGCGAAGUGGUCUGCAACGUUGGCUCAGGAAAGGCACCUCCAAUUGUUUCCAUUAUGACGGGAUCGCGACAUUUGUCCCAGGAUUCGCACGAGGAACCGCAUGGUUUGGGCGGCCCGCAACGAACGCGGUCGUCCACCGCCAAGAGAUCGCCCUCGAUUCUUGUCACGGACGCCAGAAAGAACCAGAUAAAGGCGCCUUUUGCUGGCCAUAAACAAGAGAGAAUCAAAAAGUCCGGCCAGCCAGAUAGGGUCUCGCCGCCUGCGUGGGUCAAGUCUUCUUCGUCGAAACAACGGCGACCUGUCUCGAUGACCAAAUUUAGCGACAUUUCCGUCUCCAACAUCAUCUCCAAUAUCAGUGAUAUUCCUUCUUCAAGACAAAGAGAACUCCCACGAAAUGUUUCUCCUAAUGCGCAAUACAUCAACAAUCUAUCGCGAUCGGGUCCCCGGAUGGUCCCGCAAUACUACAAGACUCUUCCUACAAGAACGUCCAAAACGUCGCAGAAACUCGUUCUGAUUCCAGACCAUGAUCAGGUCCCGUACUCAAUUGACGAUGACGAGGCCGCGUUGCUGCGGAACCACGAAAUCGGCGAGGAAACAACCACAGAUAACAUUUUCAACAGCACGCACGUCCGCACAAAGGCAGAGAAACUGUCAAAGGAACAGAGAGCAGACGUUUAUCCAAGAGUGACGGCCUAUUUGAUCUCGGAAGGGUUUAAUUUGAACCUGACAAGCAAGUUCUUGUCAAAAUACCACAUGGUUUCUCCAAGACUGUACGACGAGGCUCUUUAUGUGCCGUACACUUUGCCGUUGCUUCCUGGAGACAACGGGUACCGAGUCCAGUCUAACAACUCGGCCAAGAUGCAGCAUGGUAACCAGCUGUUGGAGAAUUUCCUCGACAAGACAGAACAGAGAGACCACCAUUACGAGUUCUAUUCGGGUCAGGACGGAGACGUCCAAAGCAUCGGGUCGCCGAAAAUGAGUCCUGCUGGCAGUCUCGUGGAGGAACAGCAGCACAACAACGAGUUUGAUCCGUACGAGCCCCAGUUUUUCGUCAGCAGCAGUCCCACCGACAGCAUGUUGUUGGAGGAGGAGGCUCGUGAUAGUGACUCGGCGGGAGAGGCAGAAAAGACCUCAAAGUCCAGCGACACGUCUGCGAUCGACGACACAGAGUCGUCUGACCGUUUGGAAAAAAACGGACACGGGACUCGUCGUAAGUCGUCGACAUCGUCUAAGAAACGGGCCAACUUGCCCGACUUGACCAAACACGCCGAGAUGUUUGUUCUGGACUACGGAGUGGUUGUUUUCUGGAACUUCACCGAGAUCCACGAAAAGAACAUUCUUGCGGACCUUGUUUUCGCCAAGAUCCAGCCCGGCGAGUUCGAGCUUGACGAUGACGACGACGACGACCAGCACGACCCGUCGUUCCCGAACUACUCGCUCACGUCGUCCAACAGCAACGAGGAACAGCCCCAGACGCCGGUCACGUUUAUCGUGAAGCCUGUUCCCGAACAUAAUAUCGAGACCGAGGAGUUCCACUUUGAGUACAUCAGCGACAUCCCCACGCCACGGAUUUACAACGACAUGAUCACGCUCAAGUCCGGUGACCAUCUGAUCAAGCUGACGGUGUCGCAUGCCAUUGCACAGUCCACCAAGCUGUCUAUGUUCGAGAGCAAGAUGAGCAACAUUCUGAACUCGAUCUCCAGACUGCCCAAAGCCCUGGCUCUAACAGGCAAGUUACAGAACUACACACGUCAGAAACUGCUCAUCAAGACCGGAAAACUGUUCCAGCUACGUAACGAGGUGAACUUGUCGUCCAACGUGCUGGAUAAGCCAGAAUACUUCUGGACAAUCGAGCCCGGUCUCGACCCAUUGUACUCGGCCAUUCGCGAGUACUUGGAGAUCGACCAGCGAGUUGAGGUGAUCAACGACAGAUGCAAAAUUGGAGUGAUUAACUACUUAAGCUUUGGCUCCGUACUUGUUGACGCUCUUUCCGUCUGGAACAGUGAAGAACACAAGACCGUUGUCGGUGGAGUCGAGUCUGAAGUAUCCCUUUCUUUCGAACUGGAUCACGUCGCCCACCUUCAGGUCCUUGACGUUGACGUCGGCAAUGGCCUUGGUAUGGAACUCGGUCUUUGGAGUGAGGAAGUCCUCAAAGUUGUCACCCUCGUCCAAUUUGUCCUUGGUGAUCAGAUGGUCAAAGUCCACCAGGUCCACAUGAACAAACUUGUCGGCAGCAAGCCAGGUCAACUUCUUGCUGGUCUUUCUGAAAUCUCCGUCCAGGUGCAAAGUGGCCUGGAUCUCCUUCACCAGUCCGUCCUCCUUGAUCACCUUGUCACAGAUAACGUUACCCCAGUCCAUGAAGGUGACCUCCUCGCCGUCGGCAAUGGCCUUGGCGUCCUCUUGCUCCAACAAAAGAUCGGAAGAGAAGUACACCUUCUUGGUUCCAACGUCAGGAUUCUUCUUGUGCUUAGGUCUGUCUUCAGAAAACUCCUUUUCUGGACCCUUAGAGAGCUUCACGUGAACAAGAUGGUCCUCGGCAAGAGCAGUGUGUCUUGGAGCAAUUGGAUCAAUCACCUUCUUGUUGGCAGACCAAAUGAUGUUCCAGUCCAAGUUGAUAAUGUUCUUGGAUGGACCUUGCGAGAUCACAAAGUUCCGCAGUCCCUCAACACUCAUACCUCUUCUUCUAAUACCUCUGACAGUUGGGAAUCUUGGGUCGUCCCAGUUCGAAACGUACUGCUUGUCAACAAACCAUUGCAACUUUCUCUUGGAAAGCAAGGUUCUGAUAAAGUUGACUCUGGCAAAAUCCCAAACGUGCACCUUUCUCAGGUUCAAAGCCUGCAGAAUCCACUCGUACUGGACGUUUCUGUCUCUGUACUCGAUAGUUCUCAAUGCGUGAGUGACUCCCUCUAUAGCAUCAACAAUAGGAACACAGAAGUCGUAAGUAGGGUACAUCUUCCACUCGGAACCAGUACGGUGGUGAGGAGUCAGGUUGCAUCUGUAGAUAACAGGGUCUCUCAGAGUCUUGUUCAAAGCACUGUAGUCAAUCUUGGCUCUCAAACAGUUCUUCAAACCUUCCUCGGUACCGUUCUUCAUCUCUUCAGUGAACACGCGCAAGUUCUCCUCAACGGUUCUAUCUCUUCUGGCAGACUUGAUACCGUCCAUUCUUUCGGCUCUCAUCUGCUCCAAAGGAGUGUCGUCACAGUACGCCUUUCCUUCCUUGAUCAUCUUGACGGCAAGGUCGUACAUCUCAUUGAAAUAAUUGGACGAAUAGGUGAUCUUGUCACCUUUAAUGCCCAACAGCUCCAAAUCUUCCAGAAUGGAGUCCUGGAACUCGACCUUCUCCUUGGAAGGAUUGGUAUCGUCGAAUCUGAUGAUCAGCUUUCCGUGGUAGGCCUUGGCGAAAUACUGGUUCAACAAAGCAGCCUUAGCGUGACCAAUGUGGAGGUAUCCAGAAGGUUCAGGAGGGAAUCUGGUAACGACCUGGCCGUCCUUUGCGUCUGGAAGAUCGAUCUCGAAGUUGGCCUUGUGGGUCUCCUUCUUGGUUCCAGCCUUGGAAGCCUUUCUGAUCUCGGCCAACGAUUUGGUCAACAGCUCAACAACACCUCCAAAUCUCUCGUCAGAUUCCAGGUACUGGUACCAUCUGGUGAUGUUGAUGUAGACAGCGUUCUUCAAAACAGAUCCCAUCACGGCGUUGGCACGCAGAGCUCCCCAAGCAGCGAUGUCGGCAACAGAGGCGUCGUAGCCAACAAUGAACGAUCUCAAACUCAAAUGGGAGUCCAGUUUCUCCAGAUCAACAGAAAGCUUCUUGAAGUCCUUGACGGUGAGGUUCUCGUAAGCGAACUUAACCCAAGGCUCAGAGGCAGACUUCUCCAAGAACAAGUGAGGGAACUUGUCAGCAAGAUGGCUCAAAACCUCUGGGCCAGAGGUGAUGGUUUUGUCUCCAUCAACCAAUCUCAAGGAAGAGUUGAUCUCUUUGGAAACAACCUUGUCGUCAAUAAAGUCAAUUUCCAACGACUUUUCUGUUCCGUUGUUAAUGAAGGAAGCAGCUGUCAAGGCAGCGUAGUCCACCAAUGGAGCUUUUCCAGCAAUUUCCAAUUUGAAGGACAUGAUUUAAAAGAAUAA